CCAUAUUCGUUUCAUGCAACACAACAGACCGUUGGAUUCCCGUCAGUUUCUCCGGUGUUAACAUCGCCGAAAGAUCGCCGGCCUAGCUUCAACCCCAAAACACCAAGAAAAACGUGAAACAUUACGAAGAAAACGAAGCGCACCAUAGCUCCGCCUCCGCCCAGAAACCCUGUUCUUCCCGUCGUUGACCCUACAAGUCAACAUCAUUCAGAAUGUCCGACGACAACUUCACGACGGGGGUCGAAGAUGGCCUCAGGUUAGCAAAGCGUAUAUACUUUGGUAAUGACCGGUCAGUGGCACCGCCCAAACCUAUAACGCCGAUGGAGAAAGCUACACGAUCGCUAUACCCCACAUCGCCUAUGGUUUACGCCGUAAUUUCAAACCCAGCCAUCGUCGACAACCCUGACAUGCCGAGUUACCAGCCUCACGUCCACGGAAGAUGUAAUCCGCCGGCGUUGAUUCCUCUUCAGAUGAACGGAAUUUCGUUUGAGGUGGAUUGUUAUUUGGAUACGGCGUUCGUGACAAUGAGCGGUUCCUGGCGGGUUCAUUGCGUCAUGGGAGACGAAAGCUGCAGUUGUCGAAUUGCAGUUCCUAUGGGAGAAGAGGGUUCAAUUCUAGGUGCGGAGGUGGAAGUACCAAGAAUAACAUACUCAACUCAACUUGCUCCAAUGGAAGAAAUUGGGGAAAGAGAAAGUGUAGCGCCAUCUGAAGAAGGAGGCCUUCUGAAACCCCACAUCUUUACUUUAACAGUGCCACAUGUUGACGGUGGUUCGAAUGUUUCAGUCAAAGUUCGAUGGUCGCAAAAAGUAAUGUAUAAAGAUGGUGAGUUCAUAUUAGAUGUGCCUUAUACCUUUCCGGAGUAUGUCACCCCUGCCGGAAAAAAACUCCCAAAAAAGGAAAAGAUACAACUCAGUAUUAACUCUGGUCUCACAACCGAAGUUAUGUGUAACACUACUAGUCAUCCACUAAAGGAACGAAAGAGAGAACCAGGGAAAUUGGCUUUAUUGUAUGAAGCUGAUGUUCUUUCAUGGUCAGCUACAGAUUUUGUAUACAAAUACCACGUCUCUGCAACGAAUUCAUUUGGUUGUGUCCUUCUGCAGUCUCCAUCAACACUGGAUAUUGAUCAAAGGGAUAUGUUUUCCUUACACCUAUUUGCAGGACCACAUAAGGGUAAAAAGAUGUGCAGGAAAGAAGUUGUUUUUGUUGUUGAUAGGAGUGAAAGCAUGAAGGAAAACACAAUUGAGGUUACAAAGAAUGCAGUGAUAUCAGCAAUCUCAAAGCUUGAUGAAGAGGAUCGUUUUGGUAUAAUGGCAUUUAAUGAUGAGACUCAUUUAUAUUCAUCGAGUUUAGAGUUAGCAAAUAAGGAAUCCAUUGGAAAUGCAACCCAAUGGAUUGACAAGAAUUUUGUGGCGGCUGGUGGUACAAACAUUUCAAUAGCUCUUAAUCAGGCCAUAGAGAUGUUUUCCGGGAAAAGUAAAUCAGUUCCAAUGAUUUUCUUUAUUACUGACGGAUCUGUUGAAAAUGAGAGACAAAUCUGUGAAGUUAUAAAGAAACAACUACAAAACAAAGAAUCAGAAUUGACCCCUCGUAUUAACACGUUUGGUAUAGGAUCAUACUGCAAUCAUUACUUCUUGCGAAUGCUUGCAAUGAUUGGCAAGGGUCAUUAUGAUGCUUCUUACGAUGCAGAAUCAAUUGAAACUGGAAUAAAGUCGUGGUUUUCCAAAGCUUCUUCUACCGUGUUGACCAACAUUGUAAUCGACGGUCUAGACAGUCUUGAUGAUCUAGAAAUCCACCCUUGUACAAUUCCAGACCUUUCGUGUGAAAGGCCAUUGAUCCUAUCAGGUCGAUACAAAGGUGGUUUCCCGGAAACCCUAAAAGCCAGCGGCAUUCUUCCCGAUAUGACCAACUUCACAAUCGACAUUCAAGGACAACGGGCCAACGACAUACCUCUUCACAAAGUGUUGGCGAAAAAACAGAUCGAAUUCUACACAGCUCAGGCAUGGCUUUCAAACGAUACAGAGCUGGAGGUGAAGGUCGGUAAAAUGAGCGUGGAGACUGGUAUUGUGUCAGAAUACACUCGUAUGAUCAUCUUAAAAACAGGACCCCCUGCGAAAAAAUUCGGGAAAAAGGACGCCGAUCCUAAAACAGUAACGGAAAAACUUAAAGUUUUGCAUCAAUUAGGGCUUGAAUUUGGCAACGUGACUGCAACAAUUGAAAACAUUCCUCCCGGUUUCUUACCAAAGUUGCCCACCCAAACGGAGAUGCUGGCGGUAGCCGCCGGAAACUGCUGUGCAAAUGUGUUUGGCAAGUGUUGUUGUAUGUGCUGCGUUCAAGCUUGUUCCAGAAUCAACAACCAAUGCUCCAUCGUUUUGACCCAAUUUUGUGGUUUCGUAACGUGUUUUGGAUGCUGUGGAUGGUAUGAGUAAACAUGUUAAUGAGAGUUUUACUCGCGAAUUGAUCUCAAUUCAACCUAAAACAUGGUGUGCUUCAUGUAAAAAAAAAUAGAUGACAUUGUAAAAAUGUAUACAGGCUAACAUGUAGAAAAACAAAGGUGUUGAUAUUAUAAAAGAGUCCAAGGCUUUGGUGUGGAAAGUGGAAAAAUCAAAA